AUGGGCAAGGCCCGAGUAACACCAAGAAAGUCUGUGAGCAUCCCGAGACUGGAGCUAGCUGCAGCUACCGUAUCCGUAAAGAUUGCUGAUGCCAUAAAGGAAGAACUUGAGUACGCAGAGAUUGAAGAUCAUUAUUGGACAGACAGCAAGGUUGUCCUCGGGUACAUUAGCAACGAAUCCAGAAGAUUUCAUACUUACGUAGCGAAUCGGGUACAAGUAAUUCAAGAUCACACCGAUCCCUCACAAUGGCGCUACGUCGAAACAACAUCAAACCCAGCAGACGAAGGUUCAAGAGGAAUGUCAGCGAAAGAAUUCAUAGAGAAAUCGAGGUGGAUCAAGGGACCUGAAUUCCUGAACGAGGAGGAAGAUAAGUGGCUGAAAGAGGAAACGUUCGAGAACGGUGUACAUCCAGACUCACCAGAAGUAAAGAACAUCAGGCUCAGAGACAGAAUCAAAUGCAGCCAAAAUUCACAAGAAAACAAGAUUGUAAACAACGGGGCGUCCUCCACAACGGAAAUGACUGUCACGGAUCUAGAAGAAGCUGAGGAAGACAUUAUCAGACAAAUACAAAAAGCUGCGUUUCCAUCUGAACUAAAGAGUCUCCGAGACAUCCAGAACAGCCCAAAGUACAGCAGCCGCGAGACGGACAAAGAAAGGAAAGCCGCAUUAAAGGAAACGAGCUCUCUUCACACAUUGGACCCCUUCGUGGACGAGAAAGGUAUAAUCAAGGUUGGAGGAAGAAUUCGGAAGGCAAAUCUAUCAGAAUCACUCAAGAAUCCCAUUAUUUUGCCGAAAUCGAGCCAUGUGACGAAGCUAGUGAUCAACCACGUCCACGAAAGGACUCAUCACAGCGGUAGAGGAGUCACCCUCAAUGAGCUACGUGCCAGUGGCUACUGGGUCAUAAAUGGAAAUGCCAUGGUAAGACAGUUCAUUUCCAAGUGUGUCAAGUGUCGUUACCUCAGAGGUACCACUGGAGAACAGAAGAUGGCGGAUUUGCCUAAGUCACGCCUGGAACCUGCCCCGCCGUUUACAUACUGCGCGGUCGAUUAUUUCGGCCCGUGGUACGUCAAACAACGAAGAUCCACCGUCAAGAGAUACGGCGCGUUGUUCACGUGUUUAGCAAGUCGCGCUGUGCAUAUCGAAGUGGCUGAUUCACUGGAAACGAACUCAUUCAUACAAGCAUUAAGGAGGUUCAUCAGCAGAAGAGGUCCUGUCAGAGAAAUUCGCUGUGAUAGAGGUACAAACUUUGUUGGUGCUGGAGCUGAACUUAAGAGAGCUAUUGAUGAGAUGGACGACCAGAAAGUGAAAGCAGAACUACUAAAGGACAACGUAGAUUGGGUCAAGAAUCCAGCUUCCGCAAGCAACUUUGGAGGUGUCUGGGAAAGACAAAUUAGAUCAAUCAGAAACGUCAUGAACGGACUUCUAAGAGGGCAUGGUGCCCGCAUUGAUGAAGAAACGCUGAGAACUUUCCUGUGUGAAGCAGAGGCUACGGUGAAUAGCAGACCCUUGACGGUGGAGACACUCAGCGACCCCCUGUCCGAACCGCCGAUUUCUCCAGGUACGCUGCUCACUGGGAAGACAAGACUCGUGUUACCUCCACCUGGAGAGUUCAAAAGAGAAGAUCUGUAA